AUGGUAAAUAAGGAGAAUUCAUUAUUUUCAUUUUUACCAACUAUCUGGAAAUCUGAUGAAAAUAAAACAUUUUGUAAACACGAUGACUUGUUGCAUGGAUUGAAGUUAAGUGUUAAAACGCUUAUGGAACAUGCUGCAGUUUGUCGUUCAGUUCCUGAAGAUAGUACUGUUGUGAUUGACUUCUGUGAAAUAGUUCAUGAAUGUCUUCGAAUUGGCCUAAAAACGUCACCUAUCCCAUUCUCUCAAUGUCCAUCAACUUUUUCAAUAUUAUAUAAAAUUUCUCAUCAAUGUGAAGCAGCUUCGACAGUCAUCGAUAAGUUUAUGAAACAUAAAAAUAAUAAUAAUACUAAUAACUGUAAUAAUACUAAUAAUAAUAAAAGUCAUACUGAAACAAAGCGCUCCGAUGUUCACCGAUCACAAUCAAGUGAACCAACCAGCAGAACUGGAGAUAAAAUACAUUUAGGAAAUAUUAUUUUCCAUCAUGUUGAUAAAAGGAAUAAAAUUUAUGAAAGAAAAUCAUUAACAGGAAAGAAGUUAUGUCCAAAACUCAGUUAUAACUCAAAAAUCGCUUGGAUUCAUUUCGCUUUGAUUGAAAGACUCCUGGAAAGUAUUGUUCGGCACAUCAGCAAGGAGGCGAAAGAUCUUUAUAAUUCUGACAGUAUUAUUGCAAAUGAAUGUGAAGUGAACGUGUUCUUAUCACUACUGAGUGGUCCAUGUGCAAUUAGCUACACUACAACAAUACAUGAAGACUAUUAUUGGUCAAAUUUACACGCGGAUGAAUUGAUUGAAAGACAACGUUUCACUUCGAUAACAAGUCAAAAUCAAAUCAUUGGAAGAUCUUCACAAGUCUGUCAGAAAACGAAGUCGUGUUUCCCUGAGAGUUAUAAAAGUGUGGAACAGAAAUUUGAAAAGUUAACAAGAAUUGGCAAUUCAUCCUCUCUAUCAGACUCUUCAUUUACGGAUAACAGUAAUAAUGUGAUGUUAGGUGAUGAACAAAGAGCUCCUGGUUAUUUAGAGUUGAUUAACUCAUCAAAUGAUUUAUUAAUAAGAUGGACAUCAAAUGAAUUAUUAUUACAAGCAUCCGAUAUUAAGAGUUAUCGUUGUCAUACUGGUGAACAGGAUAGUGGCAAAAAUUCAUUGGAUGACCAUUUGGAAAAACCAAGCAAUACUGAAUCAACGAAUACUGAUGAACAUUCAAAGACUUCGAAUGCUCUGGAAGAUAACAAUACAAGGAUCGAUAAAUACCACACUAUCCAGUAUGAUGUUGUGACGAUAUCAGUGAAUAAAAUUGAAUAUGUUCACUUACAUCAAGGUGUAUCGCAUGAAUACCGGAUUAUCUUCAUUGGACUAGACGGCAUUGCCUAUCCACCGGUUGGAUUACAAGGGGGAUUAAAGGCUGUUUAUGAUUUUCUUCUAUGCUUAGAUAAUGGUUUAAAGCCGAAUGCAUGCUUGAAUCCAUCACCGAAUGAUUUAGACGUCAUCAAAACGGAUGAUAUGAAAUGUAUGAAGUCAAAUGACAAGCAAUUGACAACCUCUAUACUACGGAGUCUUAUUGAUUUUCGUAGUAAAUUGAACGAAUCCAACAGUAAUAGUAACAACAACAAUAGCAACAACAGUAAUAAUGAUGGUGAUGCUGGUAGUCAGAGUUUAAAAAUAGCGAAUGAAACUGAUGCAAAUAAGGAGGAGACUAAAUCGUCAAAUUUAAAGUCAUCGUCUUUGUCGCAUUCAAAAGACGUUGAAUUUAUUUUUAAAAUAUUUCGUUCAGAGAUUGUCACUGAUACAUGUGAUGAUGUUUUUACAAAACAGAAAAAUAAACAUCUCCGUAGUAAAUCACAUACACGUGAUGAAUCAAAAGCAGUUGUUGAUACAGUCAUUGAAGAACAGUCGUCAACUUCGCUUCAAAAUGAAUCAGUUAACUCAAUGGAUAUUGUUGACACAAUAAAAGUACAAUUAAUGCUGAAAACGUUUAGAUCUUGGUUAGUUUACACAAGGCAUAUGAAGAAUGUACGCAAAUUAUUAUCUCCAUUAGUUAUUCAUUCUGAUAUAAUGUUAUCCAACUCUCUCGAACAACAAUAUGAAGAAUUAACUAGAGAUAAAUGGUGUGAAUUAUUUUUAAAUAUUCCAGAUAAACAAAAUUUCAAUCCAAAUCGCAUCUACGAAUGUAUUUAUUUUGGAGGUUGUGCUUCAGAAUUGCGUAAUGAAGUAUGGCCAUAUCUAUUAGGUGCUUAUACCUGGUCAAUGAAUGAAAGUGAAAAAAAUCAAAUUGAUCAACAACUUCGUGAACAUUACAAUGCAAAAUUGAAAGAAUGGAUGAAAUUGGAAGAGAUUAUUCUUAGAACGGAAGAAAAAUGUACAACUCAUCCAUCUACAAUCUCUCAACCUACUGAGUGUCAGCUUGGAAAGGAUUCAUCUGAAAAUGCUUCACCAUGUUAUUCAGACUAUAAUGAGUCUGUUAUGAAACAAUUUGCUCAUGCUUUAGAAUCUGUCAAAAAGGAUGUUGUACGAUGUGAUAGAAACAAUUGUUUUUAUUCUAAAUUAGAUUCACAUGGUGAGAGAAAUUUAGCGACAAUUCAACGGAUUCUGUUAACAUAUGUAUGGGAAUUUCUUGAUGAUGAAUAUACCCAAGGAAUGUGUGAUAUUGUUGCGCCAUUAUUAGUAUUGAAGUCAAGCAAUUAUUCUUCAUCACAAUCUCAAACUACUGAAAUGCAUUUAAGUAGCACGAAUUCAACAACAGAAGAAAACGAAGAAAAAAAUGCGAUGCUGUCAAAUAAAGAAUGUGAAAGGAAAAAGAAUGAAAUUUCAAACGAAAUUGAAGUUGGUACUUAUGUGCUAUUCAAACAAAUUAUGAAUAAUCGUAUGAAAAAAUUAUUCUCUAGGGAUACAGCUACAUUUUAUAUGGAUGAGAAAUUCGAUCAUAUCAAAUCCUUGAUACAGAUUUUAGAUCCACAAUUGAUUAGUCAUCUACAAAAAUUCAGUGAUUUUACACACUUUUACUUUUGUUAUCGAUGGUUUCUAUUAGAUUUUAAACGAGAAUUUAAAUAUCAAGAUGUCUUUCGAAUAUGGGAGGUGAUUUUAUGCGCAGAACAUUUAAUUUCUAAGGAUUUUAGUCUUUUCAUAGCAUUAGCAUUAAUUCAAAAUUAUAGAGAUGUGAUCAGUGCUAAUCAUAUGGAAUUUACAGAUAUUCUAAAAUUCUUUAAUGAAAGAGCUGAAAAUCAUGAUGUUGGGAAUAUUUUAAAUUUGGCUCGUCAUUUUGCAGCUACAGUACAAAUGUUGACUAGUAAAACAAAUGAGAAUUGA